CUUUGGGAAGGAGGUGUGUGUGCAUGCUGUCAGCAGGCUUGGUGGUUGGCUUCGGCCCGCCCACCUGCCCCGCGGACGAGCAGUGGGACCGCGCCGCCGUUGCGCUCGAUUCCAUCGACUCGGGCAUCAUCCCCAACCGCUUUGGCGUGAAGGGCUACGGCCUGCCCCUCUGGCGCGACACCGCACACGAGCAGGGGAGGCGCAGACCCCACCUGCUCACCAACAUCUACUGGAACUUGCCGACGGGUGGCACCGACGAGUACCGGCUCUCCCCCAACGCGACCUCCGGCUGCCGGGUCACGAUGGCCACGUUCGCGCACGUGCCGACUGCGACGUCUGGCUUUCUUCGUGGGUCCUGCCCGAAAGUACUCGCCUCGUCGAGCAGCCGCCUCGUCGACUGGACGCGCGCCCCCUCGGUCAUGGCGAGCCCGCUGCGCGCUGCGAGCGUGCCGCUGCAGUGCCACUUCUACGGCUACAACCCGUCCAUCGUCGUGCUGCCCGCCGACUCGCCCCUGCGCGCCGUGCCCGGCGCUCACUACCUGGUCGCGUUAAACUCGCUGCCCUUCUGGACGCGCGAGCCUGUCGGCGGCGUGUACGACGACAUCGUGCACGGCGGUCCGGUCGAGACCUGCCCCGUCGAGCCGACCACGACGGUCGGCCUCUUCUCGCGCAAGAUGGAUCCGCUCCUCCUGACGCCGCUGCUGCGCGAGCUCGCGGGGGGAGGGGGCGCCGUGCCCCCGCUCGAGGCGCUGGACCCAUCCAGCCCUCGGAUGGCGCAGUCGACGCUCAUGGACGUGGGCCUCUUCGAGUACGGCGGGCGGUACGUGGCGAGCGCGCAGGACUACUCCACUCAGAUGCAGGGCUUCGAGAUGCCCCUGAGCGAGCGCGCCCUCGUUGUCCCGCUCAGAGUGGAGCUCUUCGCACCGGCGGGGUGCGCGCCGCGGCUGCUCGUCACGCACGCCGAGGCGGAGGAGCACGCGCUCGGCUCGUGCGCGCACGCCGGGUGCGACCCGGCCGACUUCCCGCCUCUCGCGCCGAAGGGCAGCAACCACAAGAACCCCUCCUUCUUCGUCGAGGGCGACGAGCUCCUCGCGCUCGACUGGAUCGCCCCAACGGCGGUCGGCCGCGUGACCACGCUGCCGCCCGGCGCGCAGGACGGGGCCAACGUGUCCAACUUCUGGUCGCUGCUGGGCGCAGCGCCGCGCCUCUGCCCCGGCACGUACGGCGAGCGCUACCCUCGCGUGGACACUCUCUGCUUCGAGACGGCCGGGGAACAGCUCUCGGCCGCCGCCGCCGCCCUCUUCGCCGACCUGGCGGGGGAGGACAAGUCGAAUGGGACGUCGAUGCUGCACGGCGGCCGGAUGCUCGUGCGCGUGCCCGCGCUCGGCAACGAGCUUCUCGGCGUGGGGCACCUCGCGCGCGGCUCAGGCACCGUCCAUGGGCCGGUGGGCGGCUUCGGCUCCGACUACCCCUUCAACGGCAACCACUACACGCACUUCUUCUUCACGCUGUCCGCCUCGCCGCCGUACGCACUCACGCGGAUCUCGACGGAGUUUUGCUUCCGCGCGUUCUCGCUGCUCACGGGCGAGGCGCUUGAUGACUGCGACUCUGUGCAGUAUUCGUCCUCGAUCGUGCUCGAACCCUCCGCCGACGGCUCGGGCCACGAGCUGCUCAUCGGCUACGGCGCGAUCGACUCGUUCGCGAUGGUGACCACGGUGCCGCUGCAGACCGCGCUCGAUAUGCUCGAGCCCCUUCCGCAGUGAGCGGACCUUUCACGCGUCCUCCUCCAUUGCUCGUCACUUUUUUUCAUGCUUUCUUUGCCCUUUUUUCCAUGUCUCAGAUCUUCA